GUGGUUUCAAACGCUCUCUACUCGAAUGCGCUGCCAUCUCCAUCUCCGCCCGCUGCAGUCGUCAACAUGUCCCUUAGGAGACGAACCAGUACAGCUGUAAGCUCCGGUAACUUACUGGACAAACUAAAAGACUUUGAUGCAUACGCGAAGCCAAUUGAAGAUUUUCGAGUAAAGACAGCAUCAGGGGCGGCGGUGACACUGGCUAGCGCGAUUGUAAUAACGCUGCUGCUUUUCUCCGAGUUUAUUGACUGGCGGUCUGUGACUCUGCAACCGAGCAUUGAGGUCGACAAAGCCCGCAAAGAGAAGCUAUGGAUCAAUUUGAACAUUACAGUGCCUCGAGUACCAUGCUACUUGCUGAGCAUGGAUGUUAUGGACGUGGCGGGAGAGCACCAGAACGAUAUAGCGUCCACUAUUUAUAAAGUACGUCUGGACGAAAAAGGGAAUAAGAUUGACGCAGAAAAAGGGCAGAUCGGAGACAGUACCAAGGGGCUAUCCGGGGCGGUGGCAAAGGCAAAAGAUCCAGCGUACUGUGGAAGCUGCUAUAACGCAAAGGCUCCUGAAAGCGGAUGCUGUAACUCAUGUGAGGACGUGCAAAAGGCUUAUGCGGAAAUGGGCUGGGCCUUUGCGGCAGAGAAAGUGGAACAGUGCAUCAACGAGGGCUGGGCUGACAAGAUUGCCAAUCAAUCCAAAGAGGGAUGUAACGUUUGGGGGCAUUUGCAAGUAAACAAAGUGGCAGGAAACGUUCACCUUGCUCCCGGGAAAAGCUUUUCGCAAAGCCAUAUGCAUGUGCACGAUCUUGCGCCGUACCUUAAGGAUCACAAAUUCCAAUUCACCCAUACUAUUCAUUCGCUAUCAUUUGGAAGACAGGUGGAUUUCGCUAAUCCUUUGGACGGAGUAUCGAAGGAGACCAAAGGGGAGUACUUUAUGUUCCAGUACUAUAUCAAAGUAGUCAGCACAAGGUUCAAUUAUAUGAACGGUACUGUAAUACAUACCAAUCAAUUCUCGGCGACCGAACACGAGCGGGAUACAACACCGAGAACAGGUGGUGGAGGGUUACCAGGCAUUUUUUUCAAUUACGACAUCUCUCCUAUGCUCGUGACCUACACAGAGUAUCAAAAGCCAUUCUCACACUUCCUUACGGACGUGUGCGCGGUGGUUGGCGGAGUCUUUACUGUUGCUGGAAUUGUAGAUUCAUUCAUAUAUACCGCUGAGAAGACAUUUAAGCGGAAGCUAGAUCUUGGGAAGGCUAGCUGAGAUCUUAGUUUUGGGUAGUUUCAGUAGAGUAUUUUCAACAUUGCAAGCUUUCAGGGCAUCCUGCAAGAGCCCAUAGGGGUAA